AUGAAGGCAUUUAAAAAAGACAACAAAAUAAUUUUUAAAGACACCUUAUCCAAGUGUAUAAACAACCUUAACGAAAUAGUUAGUAAGAUAGAAGACAAAAACAAUGAUAUUUUUCCUACUUCUGAAAUAUCAAAUUUUAUUAAGAAUUGUAAUCAGGCAAUCAAAGAAUCUGAUAAUAUUCAAAUCCCAGAAGACUUCUUAGAAUUCGUAAAAAAUAAAAAAGAAGUUUUACGUUACUUCACUAAAAAGGCAGAAGAAGAACAGGAAAAGAAUCGUCUUAUAAAUCAACGUAAAAUGAUUAUUAAAGAUUUUAAAAAUGACAUUAGUAAGUUUUUAUAA